ACAAAGUAAAAGUUGUCUGGAUACGUUUAUUUUACUGUAAAAUCACCUACAGUCAGUGGAAUUAUAGCGGGUCUCAAUAGCUGUUGCAAACAGGAUGGGGGUGUACUAAGUGCAAGAAAGGAAAACGGAAUUAUGUUGGGAACGUAGCUCAGGAAGUGGAAAACCGCUACGUCUGCAGAGCCUAAGAAGAGGGAUAGCAGAAACGGAAAAAAAAUAACUCUCCCUCUCAACCUUUGAACCUUAUUCCUUCAAGAGGAGAAAGCAGUCACAAGACCAAGUUAGUUAGUUGACUAUAAAGCAAAUGAACGGAGUAUGAUUUUGUCGUUUUAAAAUGAGCAGGCGUAAACUGAAUCAGUCUUCUCGUCUCUAAAAUCCAAAACAAGUCUGAUGAAGACAUAGAUUUACUGAAGACUGCAAGCCUUUCUCCCACUUGCCGAGAUUGCGCUUCCCUCUUCUGGUGUAUACCUAACUACUUCAAAGAAGGAGGCAAAACGGGAGAGACUUCUGCCAGUAUGUCCUCCAUAAAAUUUAGUCCAGGGUCAGAUUCCAAGGAAGUUAAUGGUUUUAAUAAUGAAGGCAUGGAGGAGGCAUCUGUAGAAAUUGAUGAUGGGAAGGAAGAAAGUAUGGAAUCAGACACAAUGUUCUAUCAAAUAAAGAAAAUUAUCACUCCAUUUGUGAUGUCAUUUGGUUUCCGGAUAUUUGGUGUGGUGCUCAUUAUCGUGGAUAUCAUCCUGGUCAUCGUCGAUCUUGCAACUCCAAACAAGAGCGUAGCAGCAGGGGAUGCCCUGGAAGCCAUAUCUUUAGCCAUCUCCCUGUUCUUCCUGGUUGACGUUCUACUCCGAGUCUAUGUGGAAGGCUUCCACACAUACUUCAGCUCCAGGCUGAAUAUCAUGGACGCCUGCAUCGUCGUCCUCACCCUGAUUGUCACCAUGGUCUACACAUUCUCAGACUUCACAGGCGUCAGUCUGAUCCCCAGAGUGGUGUCCUUCUUGAGAGCCCUGAGAAUCAUUAUCCUGGUGCGGAUCUUUAGACUUGCCUCACAGAAGAAGCACCUGGAGAAGGCCACGAGGAGAAUGGUUUCUGAAAACAAGAGACGCUACCAGAAGGAUGGAUUUGAUCUUGAUCUGACUUAUGUGACUGAUCGCAUCAUUGCCAUGUCAUUUCCAUCAUCUGGGAAGCAGUCUUUUUACAGGAAUCCCAUUGGGGAAGUUGCACGAUUCCUUGACACCAAACACACGGAUCACUACAAAGUCUAUAACCUCUGCACCGAGAAAGGCUACGAUCCCAAAUACUUCCACUACAGAGUGGAGCGCAUUUUCAUUGAUGACCACAACGUGCCUUCACUAGAAGACAUGCUAAAAUACACAGCCAGCGUUCGAGAGUGGAUGGCCGCUGACCCUCAGAACAUCAUCGCAAUUCACUGCAAGGGUGGGAAAGGUCGUACUGGGACAAUGGUGUGUACAUGGCUCAUUGACAGCGACCAGUUUGAGAGUGCAAAGGAAAGUCUGGAUUAUUUUGGGGAGAGAAGAACGGACACAAGCAUGAGCUCAAAGUUCCAAGGAGUAGAGACGCCUUCACAGAGCAGGUACGUGGGGUAUUAUGAGAUCAUGAAAAACAAGUACAACAGGCAGCUACCUCCUGAGAAGAGCUUGAAAAUUCGAAGCAUUCGAAUCCAUUCCAUACUGGGUGUGGGAAAAGGCAAUGGCAGUGACCUGAAGGUGAAGAUUAUUGUGAAGAAGGAGACAGCCUUCCAGUGUGUUUGUGCCACUCAGGAAAACUGUACGCUGUUUCCUGACGCUGGCAGCAAUGCUGUUGUUAUCAGUUUAUCAGAGGGUCCUGUUGUGAGCGGAGAUGUGAAGGUCAUGUUCGAGUCCAGUUCUGGUCUUCCUAAAGGCUAUGAAGACUGUCCCUUCUAUUUCUGGUUUAACACUUCUUUUAUUGAAAAGAACAGGCUCUACCUCUCUCGAGAGGAGCUUGACAACCCGCACAAGCCAAAGACUUGGAGCAUCUACAAAGAGGACUUUGCAGUGGAGCUGGCCUUCAGUGAGGUCUAACUACGAGCUCUGUUGCUAAGAGGACCUCGAACGAAGGAGAUCUGAACUCUCCUUUUUGCGAGUUACACUUCCCUGUACUGAGCCCUCUGAUAUUUUGAUAGACCACAAGAACAUUUUGGUUACAGCAUACACUGUCUCUUCUAGAGCAGAGUGGUGUACAAUUUGGACCAAAUUGCUUUACUGUUCACACCUUUAGCUCAGGAUUUUCAGUACAGCGGGAAUGUGAUGUAUAUAAUAGACUCAUGAAGGGUUUGUUAACAUAAUUCUCUUUUUUUAUGAACAGUGUUUAUGCGCCAUAUUCUUUCAAGUCAAAAUGCACAUUUAAAUUAAAAAGACUUGAAAUAAACCACCAAAGAAUUCACAUACAAUUUAUGUCUGUACAUCUGAAUAAUACUUUUCACUAUUUGACCACUUUAUUGGGGGAGUACAGUAUACCUAAAUCAGGUAUUACAUACUGGACAGAGAUAGGCAGAGGAUCACAUUGACAAAACAUAUAACUAAACUUGCAGUUCGUCUGAGACUUAUAUAGCACCAGAUAUCAUAUUGCAGUUAUAUGUUCUUCCUAGCCAGACAUACUGUGGUUGGAGCCAAGCCCAACAAUGGUGCUUUCCAAGUGCUGCAUUAAAGUGUUGAAAACUGA